AUGGUGGACUCGAUGUUCCUGGCAUUGCCAGGCAUAGACCUAGCUGCCCAGAAGUUAAACCUGUCAUCCAAGAAGAAGAAACACCGGCCUUCGACGCCGUCUGCUGCGGAGGCUCCCCUCUUUGCUACCAGCUUCAGUGGGGUCCUGCAGACCUCGCCUCCCCCGGCUCCACCCUGUCUCCUGAGGGCCGUCAACAAGGUGAAGGACACUCCUGGCAUGGGCAAGGUGAAAGUCAUGCUCCGUAUCUGUCCCACAUCCACUCGAGAUACCUCAGAAUCCAGCUCUUUCCUGAAGGUGGAUCCACGGAAGAAGCAGAUCACCUUGUAUGACCCCCUGACCUGUGGAGGCCAAAAUGCCUUCCAGAAAAGAAGCAGCCAGGUUCCUCCAAAGAUGUUUGCCUUUGAUGCGGUUUUCCCACAAGAUGCUUCUCAGGCUGAAGUUUGUGCCGGGACGGUGGCUGAGGUGAUCCAGUCUGUGGUGAAUGGGGCAGAUGGCUGUGUGUUCUGUUUUGGCCACGCCAAGCUGGGGAAAUCCUACACCAUGAUUGGAAGGGACGACUCAAUGCAGAACCUGGGCAUCAUUCCAUGUGCUAUUUCUUGGCUGUUCAAGCUCAUCAAUGAGCGCAAAGAGAAGACCGGGGCCCGAUUCUCAGUCCGGAUCUCGGCUGUUGAGGUGUGGGGCAAAGAGGAGAACCUUCGGGACCUGCUGUCCGAGGUGGCCACGGGCAGCCUACAGGAUGGACAGUCUCCGGGCGUGUACCUCUGUGAGGACCCCAUCUGUGGCACACAGAAAGUCAAUUCUACCAGUCCCCUGCAGUAG